CUCACAGUUUAUAUAUUCAGAUAGUAGUGGGUAUUCCCCAUUUUAGUUUAUAUCAUGUUUUAAGCUUCCUCACAGUAUUUCUCUUUCCAAAUUUAUCUAGUAUGCUAUGAUAUGCCAACUCAGGGUUAGCUUGGGGUCACUCGUGAUCCUAGGUUCCGUGUUUACGUCAAGGGGGUAGCCUCGGGGGGUGACAUAUACUACACUCUAUAUCUAUUUUCUUGAUGCAGAUCCAAGCACCAAUCGUUAACGUUGAUUUCGAGCAUGUUAUAGGGAUAUUCUGAGAUCGAGGGUGGGUUUAUGGCAUCCUGAAUCAGCCUAUCUCCUUCUAUAUAUAGUUUGUGGCUAAUCUUUUGUAUAUGAGUCAAGUAUGCAUUUUUGGUCCACUUUUGAGACUUGUACUCUUUUUUGUAGCUCUGUACUUGUGACUUCCAGGCCGUGGGAUUGGAUCUUUCAUUUUGGUUUGUAAUAUUAUAUUGAUCUUAUCUUCCGCUGCUUUCAUUAUAAUUGUUUUUGUUUUUUUUGUGUGUUGGUUGUUGUUUCUACUCGAUAUGCCCGUUACUUGUCGUUUUGGAAUAUGGAUCGACUUACUUACUAGUGGUGGAGUAUGGUAGGUGCCAUCAUGACUCGAGGUUUGGGUCGUGACAUUCUAAUAGUUCGAGGGCAUUUUUCUUUCCUUUGUUUGCCAUGCUGGACUGUCAUCUCAGCAAUCUGAAUGGCUUAUGUGGACAUUCUAAUGUUGUAAGGGUAUUUGUGGUCCAAAAAAUAGAUGAGAAGGGUAUUUUUAUACCAAAAACAAAUGGAAGAUAAAUGUGAGCUAUUUCGAAUAGUUCAAAGAUAUUUUGACAUUUUUUCCGUUAAUAAAAUUAAUCUACAUAGAACGAAAUUAAAAAAAAACCUAUACUCAACAAAUUAUGAGCCUUUGUUUAUUUAAAAAUUGUAAGAUAUAUUAACGGGUAAAGCCUAAAAAUAAGGUAAUAUCCAAGAAAUUUCUUUAUCAUUGACAAAUAUCAUUGACAAAGAACCACUAUUAGACUUUGUUGCAUUUAUUGAAGAUUAAAAAAAACCAGGUCAAAAACAAGAAUAUGAAUAUGUACAAUGGACAGCUAACGUGCAAGCCUAGCUUGCAAUUAUUCAAUUCAACUGAAAUUUCCACUUGUAUUAAAUGUGUUGUGUUCAUAUUACUGUGGACCCCAUAACAAUAAUUCAUGAAAACUUUUCAUAUUUGUUGUCCUGUAUACAAUAAUGGUCCCAAAUAUCAUCAAUUUUAUCUGUCCACACCCUUCUUAUCUUUCUUCUCAAAUUUCAACAAAUCAAUCAAUCGGAUCCAUGGCACCAUCUUCUUCUCUUGUAAGCAAUUCACAGUACUGUCCUCGAUGGAAGUACGAUGUCUUUCUGAGUUUUAGUGGUGAAGAUACUCGUAAAACAUUUACAGGUCACUUGUACGAAGGUUUGAAAAACAGGGGAAUAUUCACCUUUCAAGAUGAUAAAAGGCUAGAGCAUGGUGAUUCGAUUACAGAAGAACUCUUGAAAGCUAUCGAAGAGUCUCAAGUUGCCCUUGUAGUUUUUUCAGAGAAUUAUGCUACAUCGAGGUGGUGCUUGAAUGAACUAGUGAAAAUUAUGGAAUGCAAGAAGGAAGAAAAUAGACAAAUAGUCAUACCGAUAUUCUAUAAUGUGGAUCCAGCACAUGUUCGUCACCAAAGAGAGAGCUUUGCAAAAGCAUUUGCCAAACAUGAAUCGAAGUAUAAGGAUGAUGUCGAGGGAAUGGAGAAGGUGCAAAGUUGGAGGAUUGCCUUAACUGCUGCCGCAGAUCUAGAAGGAUAUGACAUCCGCCAAGGGGUUGAAUCAGAGAACAUUCAACAAAUUGUUAACCAAAUUUCGUCCAAAUUAUGCAAGACUUCAGUAGCUUAUUUGCAAAAUAUUGUGGGAAUAGAUACUCACUUAGAGGAAGUAAAAUGCCAACUAAAGCUUGGAAUCAAUGAUGUUCGAAUUGUGGGGAUCUGGGGCAUGGGGGGAAUUGGUAAAACGACAGUAGCAAGGGCAAUUUUUGACACACUCUCGUGUCAAUUUGCAGAUGCUAGUUUCAUUGCGGAUAUUAAAGAAAACAAAUGUGGAAUGCAUUCUUUGCAAAAUAUCCUUCUCUCAGAACUAUUAAGGAAAAAAGAUAAUUAUGUGAAUAAUAAGGAGGACGGAAAGCACAUGAUAGCUCGUAGACUUCGUUUUAAGAAGGUUUUAGUUGUGCUUGAUGACAUAGAUCACAGAGACCAUUUGGAUUACCUAGUAGGAAAUCUUGAUUGGUAUGGUGAUGGGAGUAGAAUUAUUGUAACAACUAGAGAUAAGCAUUUGAUUGAGACGAAUGAUGUAGUAUAUGAAAUGACUACACUAGCGGACCAUCAAGCUAUUAAAUUGUUCAAUCAAUAUGCUUUCAUCAAAGAAGAAGUUCCAAACAAAUGUUUUGAGAAGCUCUCAAUGGAGGUUGUACAUCAUGCUAGAGGCCUUCCUUUAGCCUUGAAAGUGUGGGGUUCUUUAUUACAUAAGAGGGACAUAACCGAGUGGAGAAGUGCUAUCGAGGAAAUGAAAAAUAACUGUAAUUCAGAAAUUGUUGAAAAGCUUAGAAUUAGCUAUGAUAGAUUGAAUAUCAUACAACAAGAUAUAUUUCUGGAUAUAUCAUGCUUCUUUCGAGGGAAAGAUAAAGAUUAUACCAUGCAAAUUCUUGAGAGCUGUUAUUCUGGAGCAAAUAUCGGAUUGCGUAUCUUAAUGGACAAAUCUCUUGUGUUCAUCUCUAUAAAUAAUACUAUUGAAAUGCAUGACUUAAUACAAGAGAUGGGUAAAUACGUGGUGAAAAUGCAAAAAAAAUCGGGAGAACCUAGCAGAAUAUGGCACACUGAAGAUUUCAAAGAAGUUAUGGCCAACAAGACAGGAACCAUGACAAUAGAAGCAAUUUGGUUUACUUGCUUUGAACAAAUAUGCUUUAAUAAAGAGGCGAUGAAAAAUAUGAAAAGGCUUAGGAUAUUAUGCAUAGCUGAUGGUAGGCUAAACCGUUUCUCUUCGCCCCAUUCUUCCAUUGAUUCGAAAUACAUUCUCAACGGCUCCAUUGAGUUUCUGUCCAACAACUUGCAAUGGGUUUACUGGGAGCAAUAUCCUUGGGUGUCAUUGCCAGACAAUUUUAAACCCCAAAGGCUUGUUCAUCUCUAUCUCGGGUGGAGUUUGUUGCAUGAUUUAUGGACAAAAAGAAAGGAGCUUUUGCCGUGUCUACGAUGGCUAGAUCUCAGCUUCUCUGAUAGGCUGAUGCAAACACCAAAUUUCACGGGGAUGCCAAAUUUGGAGUGUUUGAAUCUGAAGAGAUGUAGGAGUCUUAAAAAGGUGCAUCCUUCACUGGGAAAUUGCAAAAAACUCAAUAAGUUAAGUUUGUAUCGUUGUAAAAGCCUUGAGAGGUUUCCAUGUGUUAAUGUGGAGUCUCUUGAACAUCUGGAUCUAGAGGGCUGCUUAAAAUUAGAUAAAUUUCCAAAUUUCUUUGGGAGAAUGAAGUUGGAGUUAGAGAUUAAGGUAGAAGGCACUGGUAUAAGGGAACUGCCCUCAUCUAUUCAGUAUCUAACUCAUAUUACCAAGAAACAUUUGCUAGGCAUGAAAAACCUUGAAGCUCCUUUUACGGAGCUAGAUUUGGCGGGCAUGAAAAAACUUAUAGCUCUUCCGAGCAGCAUUGGCAUGUUGAAAGGUUUGGUGAAGCUAGAUGUGUCAUGGUGCUUAAAACUUGAAAGCUUGCCAGAAGAGAUAGGUGAUUUAGAGAACUUGGUGAAUCUUGAUGCGAGCUGCACUAGAAUUUCAAAACCUCCAUCUUCCAUCGUCCGCUUGAACAAACUUAAAUUCUUGAAUUUUGCAGGACAAUGUUUAGAAGAUGGAGUGUACUUUGUGUUCCCUCAGGUGAAUGAAGGGUUACGCUCAUUGGAAAUUCUGAAUCUCAGUUCAUGCAAUUUAAUAGAUGGAGGACUUCCAGAAGACAUUGGAUGCUUAUCGUCUUUGAAAAAGUUGGAUCUCAGUAAAAACAAUUUUGAGCAUUUGCCUCGAAGCAUAGCCCAACUUGGUGCUCUUGAAGCCUUGUACUUAUCAUAUUGCAAGAGGCUUACUCAGUUGCCAGAAUUUCCGGAGCAGUUAGAUAAAAUAGAUGCAUAUUGGAGCAAUGAUUCAAUCUGUAAUUCGUUGUUUCAGAAUAUCUCAUCAUUGCAGCAGCAUGACAUCUCUGCUUCAGAUUCCUUGUCAUUAAGAGCGUUCAUUAGUUGGGAGGAGAAUAUCCCUAGUUGGUUCCACCAUCGAGGAUUUGAUAAAAGCGUAUCAGUCAAUUUGCCUGAAAACUGGUACGUUCGUGAUAACUUCUUGGGAUUUGCUGUAUGUUACAGUGGUGAAUUAAUUGACAUGACAGCUCAGUUGAUUUCCUUAUGUGAUGAUGGGACCUCGGGUAUCACCCGGAAGCUUGCCUUAUCCAACCAUUCAGAUUGGAAUUCUAAAAUUUAUUUUUUCUUGGUACCUUUUGCUGGCUUAUGGGAUACAUGUAAGGCAAAUGGGAAAACACCAAAUGACUAUGGGCUUAUUACAUUAUGUUUCUCUGGAGAAAUGAACAAGUAUGGAUUACGUUUGUUGUAUAAAGAUGAUCCUGAGCUUGACGCGAAUUGCUCCUCUUCUACGAAACAUUCUUAUAUUCUUGGGAGAGUGGUUAGUCUCUUCAGCUGCAUUAAUUGAUCUCUGUUUUAAUAAUUUUAAUUACUUAAGCUCUUCUCAUAUAUGGUUAGCACUGUUUUUGAUUGCUUGUUUAUCAACGUGUUGUCGAUGAUAAAGAAAUUAGUGGGUACUUUUUCUCUCCAGCUU